UUAUUUUUUCAAAUGUAGUUUACAUUUUUUAUUUAAAUAGUUUAACUGUUUUUGUGGAAUGUUUUGUACACAUUUUUUAGUACGUGCCUGCAGUGUAUCAGUGAAAGUGCCUUUAUUGUUAAGUUAUAGAUUCGCUAUGAUUCUGUGAUAAAAUGCGGCCGCUGUCUAUUCUAAUAAUUCAUCUUCAAAUCGUAUAUUGCGGAAUUGUUCUUCCUCAAAAUGAAACUUCACCGCAGAGCUAUUACGACUCAUUCAGGGGCGAUUCUAUUCCACAUAUCAGACACAGGGAGCUGAAGAAACCUAAGGAUACCAAUGCAAUGUAUCUAGAUGAUUUCAGAGAUUAUUGUCAAAGACCCGCAAAAUGUGAAAUGCUGAACUACACUACCUGUAUGGGGGCAAAGUUACCUUAUCACAGUACAACCUUAGAUCUUACAGAUCUCAAGUCGCAAGAUGCUGUUCAAGAAAAACUGCAGUUGUAUCAAUAUUUGCACUUUAUACCUAACUGUUGGGCUGUCAUACAGCCAUUUCUGUGUGCCUUAUACAUGCCAAAAUGUGAGAAGGGCAAAGUAGAUUUACCUUCAAGAGAGAUGUGCAGAAUUACACUGGAACCAUGUAAAAUUUUAUAUAACAGCUCCCUAUUUCCUGAGUUUUUAAAUUGUGAGGAUGAGAGACUCUUUCCUCCAAGGUGCAAAAAUGAUAUCCAAGAGAUGAAAUUCAAUACCACAGGUUAUUGCAUGGACCUAUUAGUUAAAACUGAUAAGCCUGAUUGGUGGUAUCCAGAUAUCAAUGGUUGUGGACUAAAAUGCAAAGAUUCAUUAUAUACUGAAAAUGAACAUUACCAAAUUCAUAAGCUGAUUGCUUACUGCACAUUGUUAUGUGUCCUUCUUAACUUAUUUGCUGUAUUCACAUUUAUCAUUGAUUGGCGAACUGGCAACAAGUAUCCAGCAUUAGCAAUUUUUUAUGUAAACCUCUGCUUUUGUAUUUCCUAUGGAGGAUGGCUAGUGCAAUUUUUGGGAGCUGAUACUAGGGAAGAUGUUGUAUGUAAAAAAGAUGGUACUAUACGGAAGUCGGAGCCUAGUGCUACUGAAAAUCUGUCAUGUGUCAUUGUUUUUGUUAUGGUUUAUUAUUUUGCUAUAGCAGGAAUGGUGUGGUUUGUUAUUUUCAGUUAUUGUUGGUAUAUGAGCUCCCUACAAGCUUUGGGGAAAAUACAGGAGAGAGUAGACCGUAAACGUGCAUAUUUCCAUCUUGUCGCUUGGAGUUUUCCGUUAAUAAUGACUAUAACGACUAUGGCGAUAGGCGAAAUUGAUGGCGAUUUUGUAACAGGCAUUUGUUUUGUUGGGGUGAUUAGCAAAGCUGCUCGAACAGGAUUGUUACUGGCUCCUCUUGCUGCUACAAUGAUUGUCUCAGCUUAUAUAAUUGCGAGAGGUUUGCUUCUAUUGAUUAAAGUGAAGGCCGAAAGUGAAGAGAUUAUUUCCGAACAUUCAAGUAGGAAAAUAAGGUCAAACAUCGUUAGAAUGGGAGUGUUCGCAACUUUCAUGACCAUAUUUUGUUUUAUUACCUUUGGGUAUCAUCAUUACCUUUUCCAGAAUACUGAGCUUUGGCAGAAUAGUCUGAGGAGCUAUAUUUUAUGCAAAUUGACGAACUUGGGGUUUGAUUCUUCCCAUUGUAAGCAAGACAGUCGUCCUAGCGUAGCAAUGUUGCAAUUACAAUUGUUAGCAUUGUUUGGAAUUGGACUUUCAAUGGCUUCUUGGGUAUGGUGCGAUUCCACUUUGCAUACUUGGGGGCGAUACAUACGAAGAAAAUUUAACUGUGAAGUGGAAGAGCCGAUGAAGUUACCAAAACAUAAAAUAAUCGCACAAGCAUUUGCAAAAAGGAAGAAGUUCAAUGAAGGAGGUCAAAUUUCGAUCCUAUGUCAGAAUCAUACUGAUCCUGUGGGUUUACAUUUCGAACUGAACAGCGUGGCAAGCAAUGAGCUGAGUACCACAUGGGCCGCUAAUCUGGCCAGGUUUGUUAAUAGACGAGGAGCAGUGCCAAAUGAAAUAGCUAAUUCUAUUUCUAGCAAUAAUCAAUCUCUUGAUAGUGAGGUGAGCCUCAACGUUAGACAUGUAAGCAUAGAGAGCAGAAGAAAUUCAGGAGACAGCCAGUUGUCUGUUCAAAUUGCAGAAUUGAAAGCUACAAGAAAGGUCAAGUCCAGGAGACAUAGGACUACGCACAAACGUUACUGUCGCCGGAAUUCGAGGAAUCUCGGUAACUCAACGUCAAAACUGUCAAAGUCAACCACAAAAAGGGAUAGUAGCACCAGCCUGGAUUCUCACAUGCAGUUGAUCAAUGCUUUGACGCAUACCGGCGAUAUCAAGAGCUUCGCUCCCAAUCUAAACAGGAGAGUAGCGAAUGCCGGACUAGACGGACAGCAUAUUCAACAGUUGUUAAGUAAUGGAAAACUUGUUAUUCCGCGAGCCACCAGUUGUAACGGAAAAACUUAUGGAAGUGAGGAUGAAAAUGUAUCAGUAACAUAUUCCGAAAGUACCAUAAACAUGAAAGUACAAAAUAAUCUCGACUUGAACGACGAGUUGGUGAUGAAGUCAUUGAAGCAAGGCCUAAAGAUUGAACACUUGGAUAGUUCAAGUUGUGAGGAUAGCAAGGAUUAUGAUCAGGAAAAGAAGACAAAGUCUGGCAGGGAAUCCCACUCCAGUCGCCGGUCAAAGAGGUCCAAGAUGUCGAGAAAGAAAUAUACCAGUAAAAGCUCCGGAAGUAACAGUGACAGUUCAUCAUGCCCUGAAAUCAAACAGCUUGUGCAAAGCUCUUUGAACUCUGGAGUAUCGACUGAAAAGACACGUCAGGGUUCUAGACAGUCAAAAAUGUCCAACGAUGUUGCUAUUCAAACUAAUGCUACGGACAUGGACAUUGAAAUGAAGAGUCUGAACAGAAGUACAGAAGAUGAAAAGAAACCUAAAAGCAAGAAGAUGAAAACUAAAGAGAACAAAAAAUACCGUAGUUCAAGUAAAUACCUGGAAGAUAAAAUGAGACAGUCGAAAGAAAAGUACAGAGAGUAUGGCAGUUCGCAAGAGAGACAGUCUCUUUAUAAAGAUAAGACGUAUUCCGAUAUGAGCGACGAAGAAUUGAUUAAUAAGAAAGAAAAGAAUAAGGCAAGCAUCAAAAAGUCAAAGGAAAUGUUUUGAUUUUUCAUCAUCUUCAUUUUGAGAUGUGUUUUGUAUUUUGUGUUUAACUAUUGACUGAAAUUCGUUACAUUCACAAGAUCUCAUAGCAACGUAAUUAUGUAAUGAAAUUGGAGGGUAUUCAUAUACAUGCUAGUAUUUUCAACUGAAGGUUAAAUUUCGACAUUUCUAACAGUGUUUUCUUACCGCAGUUGUUUGUUGAACGUAAAUCUGUGCAAAUAUUUUAACUGCUAGCUUUUGUCUUUCCAUAAUCAGUCUAAUUAUUUGGAUAAAUCAUUUUUACGUAUGCACUGGGCGCAUUUUAAACCCAAGGCAUGGCUACAGUAUUUGUGAAAAUAUGUUACCAGGAAUGUAUCUUUUUACACACUUUAAUAACAAUUAGAUCUGUCUUUUAACUAAUCAUCACACCCAAAUUUUCUGUUAUCAUGAAUUUGUGAUAUUUUUUUGUAUAUAGUCUUAUAUCAACUUACAUAAUGGUAUCAUAGUUAUGUUUAAUUUGAUUAUUAGUAGUUUCAACGAAUGUUCUAAUUGUUGAUAUCUUUAAAGUAUGGAGAGUCUCCAUAUCCAUACACAGACUGAAUAUGGUUUUAUUUAAAUAACUUUUUUUAGAUUAAGAUAAUGUUUAAGAUUAAGCAUCAUUAAGUUUAAGUAUGACUAAUACUCUUCUAUAUUUUUAUAGAAACAUUAUUGAAAUGUUAUGUAUAAACAUUGCGUGUCGUACUCGCCAAAUACUGAAAUUGAAGGAUGGGUAGUUUUACUCAACUAGUAAGGAUUCGGGGUAAAUUUUAAAUCUCAGUUAUACCACACUUCAAAACUCUGAUGGCCCUUUUUAUACAGAACUGAUAAUGCAACAUAUUUUGGUUGAUUUACGCGAAUUAGUUCAAUGCACAUUUUAGUGACAUGGAAUUUGUUAUAGAUGUUCACAAAUGUGUAACAUUUGUAUAUAACCUUGACUGGUAUGAACCUUGUUAGUGUCUUAGGUUAUUGUGCAGUUCAUAUUUUUGAAUUGAAUUUUGAAGACUUGCUUGUGUGCCUUCAUGGUUUGUAAUUUUAUAUGAAAUUUUCAAAUAUACAUUUAUC